UUUGGCGGCCAGCACUAGCAAUUUGUCUGCAACUUCGCUGCGGGUAUUUUUUGUGUUUGUUGUUACAUAUAAUCCGAUCAAUUUCGAUCGUUCGUUUGGCAAAUCAGUGUCUACUGCCCCCGAUUGGUGAGAUUUUGGCCAAGAUUCGUCGAGCGUCAUCGAAACGUUGAGUUGCCUCGCUCCGCCUGUGCUUUCGGGUUUUCCGUGCCUCUUUUUUUUGGUUCGUUUUCGUUUCGUUUUCCACUUGGAUUCGCGAGGGGAUGAUGAAAAGGGGGAGGAGAGGAGACUCCCGACCGAGUGCAUCCCCCGCGUGUGCGUGUGUGUUGGUGCUUCCAAUGCAAUUGUAGCUGAGCGCGCUCAUAAAAAUCAAAAGUAUAUUUAGAUAUACAUAUGUAUAUAUAAUAAUCGGAUACGUUUUCUCAUUGCCCCACUGUGUGCGGCAGUGUGUGUGUGUGUAUUUAAAUCAGUAAUUUCGUGAGUGUGUGUGUGUGCCGAGCGCGCUGCGUUUUGUUGUUGAGUGCGAGUGAGAUAGCGGCCGGAGGAACAGAGAGAGAAACAGGAACUGCAACAAAAACACUAAGGACAACAAUAACAACAUUCGGCAGCAGCUGCAGCAGCGAUGACUUCCAGUCGCUGCAUUGGCAAAGCGCUGCCGGGAAGAGUAAUGGAAUGUCUCCUCGUCCUUGUCCGCUAGGAUCACAUCUAUCACACCGAACCCACGAACAAUCCCAGAGACAACGAAGAUCCAGGACACCUACCGACUCGGCAGAAUGCCCCGCUUCCGCAACGAGGAGCCGGAGCAGUCGCCCUACAGCGAUGGCGACGUGGUCUGGGUCAAGAUCCACAACACCGAGAUCUGGUGGCCCGGCGAAGUGACACUGUCGCAGGACUUUCGGUUCGUCAACUCCAACCGCCCGCCAUUCGCAGUUGUGGCGUUCUUCAAUGAGAAGACCUUCGAGCAAGUCAGAUCAUCGAAACUGAUUUACCCCUUUCAAUGCGCUCACAAGGAGGAGUUCAUCAAACGCGGCACCAAAAAGGCCGAUGGAAUGCACAUGGGCGACAAGUUCAGUGACGAUGUGGCGAUCGCAGAGUCGCGUUAUCGCCGUCACCAGGUCCUUGAAGGAACCGGAAGCGGAAGGGAAACAUGGGCCGAAAACGGCAUCGGCGGACCCGCCCCCCGGCCAGACAGCCUCAUCAAGGCCUUUCUCUCGAGCAGCAGCAGCAGCAGCGGCAGCGUGCACAACAGCAGUGCCCGCAGCAGCAGCGGAGUGCCUUCGCCAGCGGGUCGACAGGCGCCCACUUUUCGCAUCAUGGACAUCGGAGGCGGCGGCACGGCGCCCCCGCCCCGCGAUCGUGCCUUCGACGAGGCCGGCUACGAGUGCAACAUGUGCACCUUCCGCACCAACAGCAUGAGCGUCCUGCUCAUCCAUCGGCGUGCCCACCUGGAGUCGUCGAGCAGCUUCAGCAGCAACAGCACCACCAGCACUGCCACCAGCUCGGCAACAGGCAACUAUCCCCCACGAAAGACGCGGGCCGCGCGACGAGCCCACACCACCAACAGCACCUCCUUCCACAGGAGCUCUGUGCGCUGCCACUCGCGUCACGUGUCCAUCGUGGUGGACGCCCCGCUGACGAACGAGGAGCAGAAGAUGGUAAAGAGCAUUGCCAAGCAGACGCUGGCCAGCAUCGAGAGUGUGGUGCGCCCCGGCGAGGACAGCUCCUCGACCUCGGCCUCGGUCUUCGCCUCCCCCUCCGCCUCCAUCUCAACAAGCACCUCCAACUCGUCGUCGCCGCAGGUGCCCAUGGCGCAGACCACUCCGCGACGCAGCAAUGCGCAUCCCCGGGAUCCGCGUAGCCAGCGCUCCAACCAACUGCGAGCCACCAUGCCCGCCCCCGAGUCGCCGCCGGCCAAGCAACGCCGACUGACCCGUUCCAUGAGCCGGCGUCAGCGAGGCGCCGACUCGCCGGAGCUCCUCCUGCCACCACCGAUGCUAACCACGUCUUCGCGUCGUGGCGGAGGCAGACGAUGCACGCUGGCCGCCGCCGCCACCACGGCGAGUGACCAAGAAGUGACCCCCACGACAAGGCGGGGCAAUCCCCUGCGCAAGACGCUCACCACUACGCCAACGAGCGCCGAGAAGAGACCGCGGAGCGCAGUAGGGCGGCGCAAGCGAACGUUCUCCAGGAAUAGGGCGCCCAUAUCUGAUACGCAUUUCUCUCCGCCGAGGCUCCUUUCAUCCCCACCACCGGCCAAGCGGGCGGUAGGUGACGGAAGGAAGGAAAAGGACAAAGUGGCGGUUCUGCCUGAUCUGACUGUUCCGCCAUCCACCCCAUCCCCCGAACCGGUUUCAGAGGUUGACAUUGUGCAGCCGCCAGAGAAUCUCCGGCAUCCGCAGAGCAGCAUCGACGCCUCCAAGCAGUUGCAACUUAGCCUGAUGGCCGAGUGGGGCGACGACGAGACGGACGAGUCGCUAGAGGAACCACCGCAGCCGCAGGUUGAUGGCGAUGGCAGCAAGGUGGUGGAACCUCCGCCACCAGCAGCAGCAGCAACAAAUCAGCAAGCGGAGGAAGAGGAGGGGGAGGAGCAGGAGAAGACUGACGGCGUUGCUGCCAAGAAGCGCAUACGCAAUAUACCAAAGAAGGAUCGGCGCGACGUGGUUGUGCAGGAGUUCCACGUGGACAGCCAGCCGGAGGCCGAUGAGCCGGAGGUCGACGAGCCGAUUGUCAUCCAGGACAGCGACGCCAGCUCCAACGGCAGCGUGGUGUUUGUCGAGGACGAGCCGAGGCAGCGCGGCAGGGGUCUUCACACGCAGCCCAAUGGAAAUGGCAAUGAUAAGGCCACAUCCUCGACUAAGGCGGCCAGCAACAUCCCGUCCUGCUUUGACUUCGAGGAGGAGGAUGACCUGCAGAAAGAGCCGGAUUGGCCAGAUGGCCAGAAUGGCUUAAGCUACAGGCGUCGGACCAACACCAAUGCCAAUCGCAUCGAUGCCAACGGCAAGACCCAUUGCGAAGAGGACGUUCCUGCUAGGGAAGAGGAGGUGCGCACGAAAGAGCCCGUGACAGGGCAGGAACCCCAGGACAAUGCCACACACGAAGGUAUCUUCAAGGGCUUCGAUGAUGUCCAGGAACAGACAAUCGCAGCCGUCGAAGUUGAGGCGCAUGCCGAGCCUGAAACAGCUGUGGAGCAGGAGCAGGAGCCCGAGCCCUUGGAUGCAGUGGCGGUCGAGGAAGCAGUGCCCGAGGAAGGAGCUGAAGGCGAUAACAUGAGCCUGCCUAUCAAGGAGCGUCAAAAGCGCAUUUUCAAGUCGCGCAACAAGUCGACCGUCCUGGCAGGAGCGCAGGAGGAGGAUUUGCUGCCGGUCUCGCUGAUUGCCGGCGAUGAGGAGGUGUCCGCCCCCACCAUUCACAGCCCUCUCCAAGAGACGAACUGCGUCACCCAGCUGCUCUUCAACGGCGUCAGUAGCCGGAGGAGCAGCGCCCACAACAGCAACACGAACAGCAGCGAGGGUGCAAUGGGCAGCCUGAGCCGAAGCAGAAAGAAGCGGCGCAACAAACCCAAGACUGAAUCCUCCCGUCGCCCGCCACAGCGCCCGAGGGCCAACAUCCGACAGCAGACUCCCUCGCCGUCGCCAUUGCCUUCGCCCUUACCUGCCCACGAGGAGCUGAGCAACAACAGCAGCGGCAGCGGGAGCAGCAGCAGCAGUGGGAGCAGCAACAGCAGCAGCCACAGCAACAGCAACCACAUGUCCAGCGCCAGCUCAAGUUCGGAAUCGCACGGCAUCGGCACGCUGUCCCCGGAGCCGAGCUCCAGCAACAGCUGCUCGAUAGCCUCGAACAUCGCGGUCAUCUCGGCGGAGGAAGCCCGCGAGCUGCAACGAUCCGCCUCGGGCGCCGGCAUGAUACACGCGGCCAUUGUGGACGCUACCCAGCCGGUGCAGCGGGGCGGCGUGCUCAUCCUGGAGGACAUUCGGCUGCCAAAUUUGUACGAGCCCUUUGGCAGCCUCCAGUCCUCCGACAGCAAUGGCAGUCGGCUGCCCGAUGAGGACGACGAGCAGUCGCAGGACACGACGGAGCAUCCGGAAAAAAACGAUGAGCAAGAGGAUCAGGAGGAGGAGGAGGAGGAGAGCCACGAUGAAGAGCCAAUGCCUGAAGAUGACGCCGGAACAGUAGGGCAGCCGGCAGAAGAGGAACAGCAGGAGCAUGAGCAAGAACUGGAGCAGGAAAUGGAUCAGGAUAAGAAGUCGGAACCACAGCCGGAGCCCGAAGCGGAGAGUGACCUGGCCAACUGGUCUCCGGCUCGCCAUUCACCCGAUGUGGUGCGCAUCCUGCCGCAGGCCCGCGAGGUGCUGCUCAAGAAGCGCGAGCAGGAGCUGCUGCGCCAGUACGAGGCCGACUUGGUCAGCGGACGGAGUGCGGAGAAGUGUCGCCAGGCGCGCGCGCGCUGGAGCCGGCCCAUGCCGUCGCCCGAAGAGGAGGAAGAGGACGCACAGGAGGCAGAGAUGGAAGCAGAUACGGAAGCAGAGGUGGAAACAGAGGUGGAUGCAGAGGUGGAAGCAGAUGUGGAAGCAGAGAUGGAAGCAGCGGAGCCCGCUCCGUCGCCAAGGUCCGAGGAGGAUCAACUGGAGCUGGGCGUGGGAGAGAAAAGGAUUAGUUCGGAAGGGGAAUUGCCAUUGGCGACCGCAGAGGAGGAAUCGGGGGAGGACGAGGAGCAGCUCCAGCUGGAGGGACCAAUGGAUAGCACCGAUCUGUCCUUGGAUGAGCAGCUGGCAGCCGUCGAGCUGGUGCUGCCCGCCUCAUUAUUCCCGUGCUCACGUCGCCCCGCCAGCCACCCGCAGGUCACUCCACUGCUCCCGACUCCACUCGCCACCGGCCCAAACAAGCCCUCUCGGCAUCUCAGCUGCGCCCGAACUCUUAGCGACGCGGAUGUGGCCAAGGCCCACCAGCAACUGGUGGAUUUGCGCGAGCAGCAGCGCCUUCGCUCCUCGCCGACGUCGCCGCCCGCGGUCCUAACUCCUCCGGAGACGCUGCCGCAGGCCGGCGGGCAACGAAGACCGCGACGCCGCUCGAGGAACGCCGCCAGUGACCACGUGGAGAGCGGAUCCCGCAGCGACGUCGCCGAGGAGUCGUCGUGCGAGACGAAGGAUGAUCAGGAAUGUCCCGAGAACCCGCCUCAGCUGUGCGCUGGACGCAUCUGCGCGGUGAUGACUCGACCGAUCCCGGGCUACAGCCACACGUUCAUGCUCUGCUCGCUGAACAACAACAACUUCACGCCGCUGAACAACGUGGCCCUGUACCUGGACAACGAGAAGAACCACCUGGUGCCGGUACCGCGGGAGGCACUGCUGGAACCGCCGCGCCUGGCCGACGGCCAUCCGCUGUCCGCCGUCUUUGCGGACAUUGACUUUCUCGGCGGCGAGGCGGUGGCCCAGGUGGUGGAACCCUCGGAAACGGAGAAUGAGGCGGACCUCGACCAGGAGGAUCAGCUGUCGCCGCGGCCUCACCUGUCGCCGCAAAUGCUGCUCAGUGAGGCGGAUAACGAUGUGGAGCCGGUGGACACGAUGGGCAUUAUGACGCCACUCAGCCAGGUGGCCGAGGGAAGUGCCCUGGCUGCCGGCAGCUAUGUCAACGAGGAGGAGGAGCUGUCCCUCCACGAUGAACAGCUGCAGUCCAAUGUGCUGCAGCUGAACGUCAACGGUCACCGCCUGGAUCUGGACCCCUCGAUGCUGUUUAGCAUUGCCGAGCAGCCGGACUCGUGCAUCGAGGUGAGCGUCACCGAGACGGGAUCCGGUGGCACCAAUGUGGCAGGCGCCGGCGCGAUAAGAGCCGUGCUUCAGGCACGCGACAUCCUGCAGGCGGCGGAGGUGUACUUGCAGGAGCGUGACCUGCAGCUGGUGACCCUCGACGACGACGAUGCAGAUGGGCCAUCGGCCGGCAUGGCUGUGCCCGUCACGGAUUUGCUCUCCCAGGCGCUGGCCGGCAGUCAGGUGGUCGACGACGACUCGGACUUCGUGAACGCGGCCAACGCUGGCGUUGGCCUGCUCCACAUCGACACCCGCACCGGCGCCAGCCUCCUGCAUGUCGGCAACGAUGAGCCGGGCAGUGUGGUGUUUAUUUCGCACCCCAUGCCCCCGCAGACCGUGCACCUGACGCCGCCGAUAACGGCGCGCACCAACGAGACGAACGCGCUGCUCGACCAGACGCCGAUCAUGUCCACGCUGGAGAACCCGAGCGGCAUGCAGUUGCGCCGCGUCUCGCCGCUGGAGGGCAAUCUGGAGGAUAGCCUGGCCGUGAUUGGCGUGACGAACGGCAGCGGUGUGCCAACCUCACUGGAGCUGCCCAUCACGGUGACCAAUCCGGCCAUUGCCUCGCGGAUGGGUGCCCCCGUCACCGACAUGCUGCAAUUCGCUCCUUUUCAGUAGGCGGAGCACACAGUCCAUAAGCAAAUAAACUUGCUUCUAUUUUCGUACGGUUAAGAAACUUUUUGUUAGGAUUAGAAGAUGCAGCUUAUGCAUUUUAUUUUUUUUUUGAGCGGAGCAGUCUGUAUGACUUCUUCGUUAGUUAAAUUGACACGGAAAACGGACGACGACAUUGCGCUAAAUGGCAGUGUAGAUAUUUAGUUGCUUAAUUCACCUAAGUUAGAUCUUUGACUCCAACUAUCCCAAGCAUUGCAAAUGUAGGAUAGAAAAUACCUAUCGGAUAGAUGCGAAUAGUGGUGCAAGAAGCCACGGAACGGAACAGAAAAGAACAGAAUAUGAUAUAAUAGAAGAGAAGAGAGAGAGGAUCGAUGCCCGGCACCAAAGGAAAAACUUACGACACAUGUAUGUUACAGAGAGUAUGCAAAACAGCAUAUAGUACAAUAUGUAGGGUACACAGGAGCAGGAAGCAGGAGCACAUUUAUAUUUAAUGACCAUAAAUGACUAUACCAAUGUGUGUAAGAUAUGUCAGUCUCUAGGCUAACAGAUGAUGUAAAGAGAGAGCCCGGAAGAAUAAACCGCAACAUGUGCAACAAAGAUAUAUUUUUUUUAUUGCAACGGAUCAUAUUUAACAAACCUCGAGCAAGCGUCAAGACAAAGCUUAACUUUAAUUCAUACCAGUGACUUAUUUAAUUGACAGGUUUUAAAAUGUAUUAGCAUUUUGAAAAUAAUUUAUUACAAAAAUGUUUUUUGGCUUUAACAAAGGAUAUCCCUUUUUUUUUUUUGCAUAUUUUGUUCUCCAAUAAGCAUGUGUGCAUUUCAAACAAACGAAUCUUAGAAGAUACUGAUUAUUUUUUGAAAAUACAACCAAAUAAAAAAAAUGUAUCGAAAAAUAACAUUUUACAUUUAUUGUCGAUUGAAAGUGUAAAAUGAAUAACAUAAACCCUGUAAAAAUCGUAGAGCAUAGACCCUGAAAUCCGUGGGUAGUUCAAUCGAAAUCAUUUUUCAAAAACUGUCGAUUCUGAAAAUAUAUUUUGCGAAUUUUGUGAAUUACAAAUAAAAUGCGAUUUCUGUA